GUGUACCAGAUCUUCUGCAGGGCUUGUCGCUAAUGGAAGCAGAGAAAGGAGGAGAAAAUCCCUUCACACGAGUGCAGGUCCAACUUCAGUGACAGAUCUGAUGGCCUUGGAGUGGCUGAAGACCACCACCCUCCACAGGCCUGCGCCCAAGCACAGCUAUCCUUUAUCUUGAGUGAGCUUCCUCAGCAUGCUGUCUAUAUGAUUGGCAGAAACUGUAGUUGGAAAGGGGUCUGACUGACUACUGGACUUUAUAUGAAAACACCUACUUGGGGCUGACUUUUGGGCAAGGCUGAGAUAGGUGCAUAUUUAGCUUUGCCUUUCUCUUGAACCAUGAUUGGCUCUAAAACUAAAAGAAAAGCUAGAGAUUUGGGGGCUUCCUCAAAACCUGAAACCAAUAGCCCUGCCAAGGCUAAAGGAAAAGCCAAGAGUCAGACCAGUAAAGUGGUUAAGGCAGAACCAAAGGAAGAAUGGGGGAGCCAGGCUGAGGCUAGGGAUGAAGCAGUGGCCAGGACACAGCCAGCGAUUUCUACUGAGCCCAAGACUGUGGCAUGGAAAGUAAAAAAAAAGAAAGAGAAGACUAAUCCUAGAGUCACGGCUCAGGCUAAGAUGGAACUCCUGGCAGAGCCUGCUUUAGUGCCUCACACCAAGUCAGAUGCUCUGCCUACGUCUAUGGUCAUUACUGUAACCAAGUCUGAAGUCAAGGUUGACAAUGGAAUUGAGGCAUCUGUCAAGGGCUCUGCCAAGGCUAAUGAUAAGCGCAGUAUUAAGCACAAGUCUGAGAUAAAGAAAGAGGUCUGUGUCAAAUCCAGGACUGGGGACAAAGCUAGUAUUGUCAUCAACACCACUGAUGAGGAUGAAGACUAUGUGUGCUCCUGGUUCUGGACUGGAGAAGAGCCUAGUGUAGGGUCCUGGUUCUGGCCUGAAGAAGAAACUCCUCUUCAAGCUUAUCAGCCCCCACCACAGGUUGAGGAAGAGCCUGAACCCCCAGACACAUUUGACUUUGCUUUAAAAAAAAAAGCUGCAGCAUGGUUAAGGGGCAGGUUUAUUGUCCUCGUCCCAAUUGAGGAACCCCAGCCAUCUUUACCUCCAGAAGGCAAUUGGACUCUGGUUGCGACCUUAAUUGAAACUCCUCUGGGUAUUCGACCUUUGACCAAGAUUCCACCUUAUGGUGGCCCUUACUUCCAGACGUUAGCUGAUUUAAAAAACCAAAUCCGGGAAAAAGAAAAGUAUGGACCCAAUCCAAAGACCUGCCGCUGUAAAUCACGCUCCUUUAGUUUAGAGCCUGUUGAGUUUGAUAAACUUGUUGCCCUACUGAAGUUAACUAGGGAUCCAUUUAUUCACGAGAUAGCUACAAUGAUAAUGGGUAUCAGCCCUGCUUACCCAUUUACUCAAGAUAUUAUUCAUGAUGUUGGUAUUACUGUUAUGAUUGAAAAUUUUGUCAAAAAUCCUAAUGCUAAAAAAUACCCUAGAAAUUUAAAUAUAAAUGCCAACCCUGAUGCCCCUGAAGAAGUGAAAGAGACUGAAGCACAUGUAAAUAAAGUUUGCAGGGACAUACUCUCUUGUCCUUUGAACUGCUCUGUGCAAGUGGAAGAACUAAAGCUGUUAGUGAGCUUGAGUGUGAAAUUUGAUUAUCACCACGUGGUUAUCUAUUAUGUUCGCUAUUUCAUCUCAUUGUUAAACAAAGGAAGUGUCAAAAUCAAGUUUCAAGUUUUACGAGUCAUUUUGUGUUUGUCAAAAAAUCAGGCCAAUACACGAGAACUAAUCAGUGCCGAGGUCCUGUCCUCACUGGUGGCUCACUUUCACAAGAAUGAGUCAAAAGCUAAUAUUCUUCAUAUCAUUGAAAUCUUUGAGAAUAUAAAUUUCCAGUUCAAAAAAAGGGCAAAGCUAUUUACUAAGGAAAUGUUCACUAAAUCUGAACUUCUUUCCAUAUUCCGGGAGGCAAAAGAGUUUGACCAGAAACUCCAAGACUUAACAGACCACAGUGACCCUGAUGUGAGAGAUAAAGUUAUCCGAUUAAUACUUAAACUCUAAGUAGCUAUGUAUUCUCACAGAGCCUUGAACAUUUUCGUCUUUCCAGUAUAAAUUGAAUGCUUAUUAUAGUUAUAAAUUUGAUACUUAACGCUCUCUGUGUUGAGGGGGACCGUUUACGGAUGCUAGUCAUCUUGAGAGAUUGAAUACUUGCUGGUUUUUAUUGUGCUACAUAAUAUAAAUUAAGGUAUUUUGGUAUUUCUGUAAUGUAACCCAGUACUGAACCUAUUCACUCUAAAUAAGCUAUAUUUCUGUGCAUUAUAUUGAUAUAAGUGUAUUUUCAUAUUCCAUUUAUGUGUUUUUAAUAAAGUUGCAUGCUAAA